CUAUUUUCCUUUCAUAGCCAAAAGCUUAUCUCCCCCAUAAUGGUGGUGAUGUUGAAUCUGUACACUACACCCAUCCACCAGCCUUCAAUUGCAUCAAAAAUGGUUUAACUAUAUUACUCAUCUUCAUAACCAUUCUAUUGGGUAUGUUCGGUGGCUAUUUCAUUUAUCGCUCCUUCGGCGCCACAGAUAAUCCAACCAAAUUUCAUUAUCGUACAAUUUGUGAUGUUCCCUAUGAGUUGACUAGCAAUCUAACGAUGCCACGUUUCUAUCAACAACCCGAUGAAUUCGAUUUAAAUUUCAAUUGGUUAUUGCCACGUUUAACGGGCAAAAGUUUCGAUAGUAAUCUUAAUAAUGACGAUGAUUUCUUCCGCGAAGAAAUCGAAAUGGAUAUAAGUGACGAUGAGAGUUAUACAAAAAUCGAUGUACCUGAUUUUAAAGAUGGCCGUCAUGGACGUUUUAUGCAUGAUUUUAAAGAGAAUCAAUCGGCUAUUAUUGAUACCACAGCUAAUCGUUGUUUCAUAAUGCCAUUGGAUCGUAAUACCACUUUGCCGCCCAAAAGUUUUAUCGAUUUAAUGGAGAAAAUGAGCUCGGGUUAUUAUAAUAUUGAUACCGAUCGCGUUAGACGUAACAUGAGAGUGGUUAUGCCGCCAAUAAGCGAUUUAACACUAAUAUCGGAACGUAUUGCCAAUGAGUGCUAUGACAUGAAGGUGUAUAUGUUGGAAAAUUAUGUAUCAGGAGUAUUUAAACGUGAUGCCAAACCCUUAGCUGAUCAGGGUAAAUUUGCCGAAUAUUCGGGCAAAGGUAUUGUUGAAUUUGAUAUUGUUAAUAUUGGCGAAAUCGAAGAGUAUGAAAGACAACAUUUAAAAUAAAAUUUCGAAUCUUUAAGUUCUGAUUAAUAUAAUAUAAAUAUAUUAAAUUACAAAAAAGAAAACAACAGAACAUAAACAAAACCAAACUUGAUUUGUAAACUAAAUGAAGCAAAUGAUCUCGCCUGUAGCGAGUAUCUUUUUCAAAACUUUUUUUUUUAGUAGUGUGUAGUUUUUUUGAUUGUAUAAUCAUCAUACUGUAUUAUCUGCUAAAUUUAAAUUGAAAUAUAAAACAUAAUUAUUAAUAGAGAAAUAAAUGCUACUAAAAAGGAAACGAAAACUAUGAUUAAAUUUAGCAAUAAUAAGAAAAAAACAAAAUGAAACCUUAAAUUGGAUUAAAGGAUUUUUUUUUUAAAGAUAAUGUUGUUGUGGUUUUUAAAAAAUAAGAAAUAUAACAUUAUGAAUAUAAUUUUUUUAAAAGGUGCAAAUUAAUACUGUAAACACUUAUAAUUGUAUAAAAUUCAAAAUUUUAAACAUGGCAAUAUUUUCAUAAUUUAAACACACAUUCCCUUUCUAUAAGCUUAAACAACAUAAUUUUCCCCUAAAAAAAAUUAAAAUACAUAUUUUUAAAGCAAUGAAAACAUACCUACAGGUACCUUUAUUAAAAUAAAUUUUAUUUUAAAAAAAUCAUGUUAAAUAAUAAACAUUUUAAUAUUUUUUUUUUAUAAAUUUCUUACAAUUUGUUUGAUAAUCUAACAUUAAUUAUUAUAAUUUAAUUUUUCUUUCAAAAAAAAAUUUUAAAUAAUUUUUAAAAAUAAAGCAAAAAACACGUUUGUAAAGAUCCAGACAUUAUGUGUCGUUUACUCACAUCAAAUAAAAACAAAAUUUACAAACAUACAUAUAAAACAAAAUCUGAAUUUUAUUAAGUGUUAUAUCUCAAAGAAUAAUUUAUCUAAUGUGUAUAAUGUUUAACUGAAAAAUAAAAAAAUAGACCUAAGAAUAUAAAUAAAAAAUAAAUACAUUACAAUGUAAAUUA